AUGUGGAUCAUAAAACUCAUAUUUCUCAUUCUAUUUUAUUUAUCUAUAACAGAUCGAACUACUGAAGCAUCGAAUUAUACCUGUGAUGAAACAGAUACUCAGGUCGAAUUUUCCUUAUCUGUAUUAUCACAUUCUGGGCAGAAUCAAUUGUCGAAUUGUUUGUUACAAUCAUGUAAUUCAUAUUCAUCGAAUAAUGGUACAUGUCGAUUGGAAUCUACACCUUGUUUCGAUUACCGUACAUCGAAUAAUAGAAGUUUCUGUGCACCAGGAAUUCAAUGUUCAAUCUUAGAAUCGUGUGAUAAUAUUACCCAUACUUGUUCAUCACGAGAAAUGUGUCUACCAAUAGCACGAUAUGAUCAUACAGCAGUUGUGUUGACUAAUGGAAGAGUGUUAGUUAUCAGUAAUUCUAAUAAAGCUGAAUUAUAUGAUCCAACCACAGCAUCUCUAUUAAGCAAUGGAAACGUAUUAGUGACCGGUAGAGUUGGUAUUUAUGACGAAUCAAAAAGUGCAGAAGUGUACGAUUCAUUAACAAACAAUUGGACAUCGAUUAAUAGCAUGACCUAUGCACGAUAUUAUCACACAGCGACUGUUUUGUCUAAUGGAAUCGUGUUAGUGGCGGGUGGUCUAUAUGGACUAAAUGAAAGUUUGAAUACUACUGAGCUAUAUGAUCCAUCAAUAGGAGUAUGGAUGUCUACUGGCAAUAUGAGUUACGCACGGUUUCAACAUAAAGCAUCUCUCCUUUCUAACGGUUUAAUAUUAAUAAUUGAUGAGUGGGGUUGGUGGAAUUAUUUGAAUAAAUCAGAAUUUUACGAUCCAACAAUGGGCACAUGGGCAACACCUUUUAAUAAUCUGGCUAAUACACAGUAUUUUCGCGUAAAUUCAGUACUUAUCCAACGGAGAAAUUUUAAUAACUGA